GCUUACCAACACUGGCCGCGCAGUAUCGUCGCAAAAACACAGGGACGGUGCAGAAGAAGAGGGAUUUUAUUUUGUUUUCGCUGGCAAUUGAGUAAUGGCCGGACUCAUUUACCUGACCAAGCAGUGCAGCAUCCACUUACCCGCCCAUUUAGGUCGUGCGAAAUGCUACACCCUCGCUAAGGGCAGCCACGUGCAGGCAAGAGUGCUGUUCUCUUCGCUGGCCAAGGUGGAUGAUCAGGGAAAGAACGAUGUCAAGCGUAAGAAGGUAACCCCGUUUACGCCCACGCCGGGCAGCAAGUUGCUGGGUGGAGUGUUCGGAAACAAGGCCAAAGGUGGAGGAGCCCCAGCAACAGCAGCAGCAGCAAAGACAACAAAGCUACAGCGGCAGCGACCUUACCGCCCACAACAACAGCAAUCACGACAAUGUCAUGUUCAUAUAGGGGGCGGCAGCGAUGGUGGCCCGGGAUUGGGCAAGCUGGACGCACCAGAGGUCACCUCCAAGGAUAUGCUGCGCGCCAUGAUGGCCUACAUUUGGCCAAAGGAGGAUCCAGUGGUGCGAAAGCGAGUGGCCAUUUCCCUGGGUCUAUUGGCUGGCUCCAAGCUGCUGACCGUCUGCGUGCCUUUCCUGUUCAAAGGAGCUGUGGAUACUAUGACUACAUUGAACAUGGACACCGCCCCGGAUGCCGUGCUCUCCGCCGCCACUGCCAUGAUGCUGGGAUAUGGCAUUGCCAGAGCAAGUGCAUCUGGCUUCAACGAGCUUCGCAAUGCAGUGUUCGCCAAGGUGGCCCACCACUCGAUCCGAAAGAUUGCCAGCAAUGUGUUCCUGCAUCUGCACAACCUCGAUUUGGCCUUCCAUCUCAAUAAGCAAACGGGAGCCCUGUCCAAAACCAUCGAUAGGGGAUCGAGGGGCAUCAACUUUGUGCUCUCCGCCAUGGUGUUCAACAUAGUGCCAACGAUCUUCGAGUUGGCUCUCGUGUCCAGCAUCCUGGGAAUAAAAUGCGGGCUAGCCUUUGCCGGUGUCAGCAUGGGCUGUGUGGGCAUCUACGCCGUCUACACCUUGAGUGUGACCCAGUGGCGCACACAAUUCCGCGUCUACAUGAACCAGGCGGAGAACGAGGCUGGCAACAAGGCCGUGGACUCGCUGAUCAACUACGAGACGGUUAAGUACUUCAACAACGAAAAGUACGAGGCAGGUUGCUACAACGAGGUGCUGAAGAAGUACGAGGCGGCCAGCCUGAAGACGAGUUCCAGUUUGGCUCUGCUCAAUUUCGGGCAGAACGCCAUCUUCAGCAGCGCCCUAAGUUUGAUCAUGGUGCUGGCCGCCAAGGAGAUCGCUCAGGGCAACAUGACGGUGGGCGAUUUGGUGAUGGUCAACGCCCUGCUCUUUCAGCUGUCGAUUCCUCUCGGCUUUCUUGGCAGUGUGUACCGCGAGGUGCGACAAGCCCUGCUAGACAUGCAGGCCAUGUUCACGCUGAUGAACGUGGACAGUAGCAUCCAGACGGCCAGCAAUGCCCAGCCCUUGUUCGUGGACACCAGCAACUCCUCCAUUGAGUUCCGCAACGUAAGCUUCGAGUAUGAGCCGGGCAAGCCCAUUUUCAAGGAUCUGUCCUUCACCAUACCCGCAGGAAAGAACGUGGCCAUUGUGGGCGGCUCUGGUUCGGGGAAAUCCUCGAUGGUGCGCCUGCUCUUCCGCUUCUUUGAACCGAACUCCGGCAAAGUGCUGAUCGGCGGCCAGGAUAUAAGCGGCGUGGACUUAGAGAGUCUGCGCAAGGUUAUUGCCGUCGUGCCGCAGGACUCGGUGCUCUUCCACAACACUAUCGAGCACAAUAUCCACUACGGUAACCUGACCAAGUCGCACGCGGAGGUGGAGAACGCUGCUCGCAUGGCUGAUCUGCAUGAUUCAAUCAUGAGCUGGCCAGGUCAGUACUCCACUCAGGUGGGCGAGCGGGGAUUAAAGCUAUCCGGAGGCGAGAAGCAGCGUGUGGCCAUUGCCAGAGCCAUUCUUAAAAACACUCCUAUUCUAAUUUUCGACGAGGCUACCAGCAGUCUGGACUCCAUCACAGAGCAUAACAUUCUGCAGGCCCUAACGCGAGCUACCUCUGGACGCACCAGCAUUUGCAUUGCCCACCGCCUCUCCACGGUUAAGGAUGCCGACGAGAUCCUGGUGCUGGAGAACGGUCGUGUUGGUGAGCAGGGAACCCACUCGGAGCUGUUAAGGAAGAAUGGACUUUAUGCCCGCCUCUGGGAGACGCAGACGCACCAGUUCGACCCGAGUCGAGACUCCAAGGAGGAGGCGACAGCGAAGGCGUCACGUGGUGUGGCGUAGACGAGGCUCCUUACCUGUGUAUGUGUUUACCUGUUCCGAUGUUAUUACCCUCCUCUUCGUUUGGCCCUCCCUCCCCCUCUAAAUUCACAGUAGAAUCCUUCCGACGGGAAGAUUCGAUAUUUUUAGGUUUAAAGUAUCAUUGUGACGUUUGUAAAUACAGUUGUAGAUAAGCGAUAAGGACGGGAUGCGGUACAAUAUGGAACAUUUAUUAUCAGUUUUAUCACCCAUACAUUCUGUUUUAACGGACUGUUUCGGCUUUCAUCAUUAUCAUAUCAUUUUUUCAGUUUUCCAGAACUCCUAUCAGUUAUUACAAGUAUAAAAGAAUUCUGUCACAACUCUUUAAGGUUUAUGUUCUAUUCGUAAAUGCAAUUUUUCUUGUAUACAACUAUUAAUCGGGAAAAUAUAACAUGGAAUGAAA